CCGGCGCAAUAAGUCUUAAUGUUAUUUGUUACAUAAUUCGAUAUUAUUAAAUAAUAAUUGUACGUAAAUAAUCAGCAGAAUAAUUAAGAUGAACAAUGUUUAAUAUUACCUACUCAGUUUGUAUUAAAAUAGGUCAAGAUGAUUGUAUAAAUACCGACGGUUAGCAUAUCUCUAUUUGCAUUCGUAUUCUACCCACCGUAACGUGUACUAAAGAGAAUAUACUAUUUCGUGUGGAUGUAAAUUGUCUCAAUUGUCGCCGCCACCCUGAGGAUCCGUUUAUACUUCAGAAGCGGGAUUAUGCCAGGCCCAUGCAUUGACGGAUUUGAGACCGCUGAGAAACACAGGCGAUAUAAAAUGCGACGUGUCACCCAAACCGAUGCGGAGGUUAUUCCAACGUUCCGGCCGGAUGAAAAAUCUAGCAACGUCAAGGGAUGGCUGCACAAGAUCGACCAGUUGGAUCACGUAUAUGGAUGGGACAACAAAGACUGCCAGUUCAUCAUGCAGAUAUGUCUUCGUGGGUCGGCUAGGGAUUGUGCGAUACACCACCGCAACUAUACUACACAUCCGCGAAUGGCUACCACAUGGAGAAGAGAAGGUGCUGUUGCUCCAGUUGCAAGAGGGACCGACUUUCAACCAAAGAAAUGUUACGCCUGCCGAAGAGAAGGUCAUGAAACAAAGAACUGCAAAGAGCCGCGCUGCGAGGUGUGCCAUCGCCCGGGACACACGUCGGUCAGCUGAUGGUAUGCGGCCAGCUCUUCACACCCAAAAGUGCCAUACACCAGCGACAAACCAGGCGCCAAUAGCAGCGCUGAUCGCCGUGGGACACGGCAUAUACAGGAUGGCCGAAUGUUAUCGAGCAACACUUCCGGCCUCACAUAAUAAAUUAUUUACGAACUUAGGAAAUAUAUAGAACUUAUUAUUCUUAUAAUAUAAUUAGUAAUUUCAUAAUCAAGUAAAUAGUUCAUUCAUAUUUCUUUAUACUUAUAAUAUUUUAUUGGCGCCUUCCGCUUGACAGCUUCCGGCGCAAUAAGUCUUAAUGUUAUUUGUUACAUAAUUCGAUAUUAUUAAAUAAUAAUUGUACGUAAAUAAUCAGCAGAAUAAUUAAGAUGAACAAUGUUUAAUAUUACCUACUCAGUUUGUAUUAAAAUAGGUCAAGAUGAUUGUAUAAAUACCGACGGUUAGCAUAUCUCUAUUUGCAUUCGUAUUCUACCCACCGUAACGUGUACUAAAGAGAAUAUACUAUUUCGUGUGGA